UGUCUAACACCCUAGAUGUUGUGCACUGCCAGGAGCUUGCCGGAGCAAACGAUUGAUGAAUUGAGUUUAUUACUGAAAGAAAACAUGUCAGUGAAGUUGAAUGGUGAUAGAAAUCAAGAUGCAGCUAUUGAGGAACCAUAUGCUACUUCUUCUUUCAGAAAUUUACUUCUGUACAAUGCAGGAUGCUUAUCAGUAGAUGAAAAUGGAGGCCGCAUAUUCUUAUCCGACAGCAACCAUCAUAGGAUUAUCAUAACUGAUCGUGAUGGCAGGAUUUUGGAUUCGAUUGGCUCUUCCCCAGGAUUUGUGGAUGCUGAUUUUGAAUCGGCAAAGUUAUGGCGUCCAGCUGCAUCUUUUUAUAAUGUUUCUACUGGGUACUUGUUCUUUGUGGAUUCUGAGAACAAUGCAAUCAGGAGAGCUGAUAUGGAAAGAAGGUUGGUGGAAACUAUGUACCCUAUUCCAAAAUCUAGUGGUAUUUGGGACCAUAUCUCGGUUGUGUGGAACUGGAUCUUGAAUUAUUCUGGGUUUGCAAAAGAUAGUUCAAAAACAGAGGAACCUGGUUUUGAUUCAAUCUCUUCUCCCUGGCAUAUGUUGAAGGCAGAGGAUGAUGAAUUCAUAAUUAUAAGCCGCAGUUUUUCAGUAGCAUGGACCAUGAGCAUGACAACUGGGAAGCUCAAGAAGGUUAUCAGAGGAUUCCAAAACAUCUUUGAGAGCUAUGGAAACUUGAUAGAGGAGAAGCUUUCGUGCUUGAGGGAUGCUAAUGUUGUUUCUCUACAGAAGUUUAGCAUAUCGGUUUCUUCAGAAAAGCUUCCCUAUGCUGGUUUGAUGUCAUCAGUUGGGAAUUUUCAUGAUGACAUUAUUACCUAUGAUGCAGUUGGUCAGAGUCUGCUAAAAUAUAACAGGGAAUCUAUGGGUUUUUCUCAUAUUCAUUUCUCAAAUGCGGGCAUCCUCGGUGUGCCAUAUUGGUUAAGCUGCCCUAUUGAAAGAGUUUUCAAUAGUGGUAACUGUAUCAGACUAUCAAUUGGACAGGUCCAUAACUUCAGUGUGCUUCCUGGAAGGUGCAAUGUAAGGGUAAAUGUUGAUAUACCAAAAGGAAGUGUACUAGCUGCACCACUGGAUGAAAACUGCAUCUGGCGUCAAGCAAGAGGAUCUGCUGCUGAAGUUUCUGUAUUAGAGGAAGGCGAAUCACUUGAAGAGAAGGUCGGCGUUGCUCAGCAAUGGUUUGAUGAGUUGGAUAAUCUUGCCUUUACAAAUGCUGGACUUGAAAGUCUGGAAUCUAGUGGUGAAGUUGACAACAAAUCUAUAGAUGAAAGUUUCCAAGAUGCUGGGAAGGUUCAUUUCAACUGUGCUGUUAAUGUUAGUCCUGGUACUAGUGAGCUCAUUGUUUCAGCAGCUCUUUAUUUGAAGCCAAACCCAGCAUUAAGUUUCAAGGAAGCGGCAAGUUUGCUGAAUCCACAAAAUCAUGAAGAUGGAAUGCUAGAAAGAGAAUCCUUCUAUUUGUUUCUUCAAAAGUGUGAGAAAAUUUCUGACAUUAUCUUCACAAAGCCAUUGCAUCUAAGAAUAAAGUUGGACUGUGGAGAUCACCCUACUGCUUCUACGUCUAAAGAAACCAUCUUAACUGACACCAGAUUAGAGGUCAAUGUGAUUUUAGACUAAGGCUUCGUUUAGGACGACUUUCUUACUGCUUCUUAAAGCGGGUUUCUAGUUAAAAAAUUUUAAUUUUUGUAUUAAAAAACCGCUUUAAGAAGCAGGAAGAAAGCCGUCCCAAACAAAAGCUAAGAAGAAUGGUUGGUUCACUUUAGGCACUUAAGGUUUUUGCGGCUUUUUUUACACUACUCGUCUUAUAUUUCUGAGGUGAUUACAGAAGAGGUCUAGUUCUGGGUCUUGUUUAUUGUGUAUGCACCGUUUGAAUAGGACAUUUUGAAGAUUAAAAGUUGUUUAAUUGGAAGUUUAGCAUAUUUGUCCACAAAUGUACAAACAAGUUAGUGAUAUUGUUUUUUAAACAUCCGUUCUUUGUGAUUUAUGGAGCUUA